ACCAUUUCACGUGUGUUUUGAGCAGUUUGGUUGUAUUUCAUAACAACAAAAACAACAACAACAACAACAACAACUUGCAGUAAUAAUAACUUAAAGUAGUCUUGCUACCCGUUUGCCUGUUGCCAUGUUGGGUUGUAUGAUAGAUGCAUAACAGACUUUCUCCUCGUUAGGAUGGGCAAUACGGAACAAAUCCUCUAUUACAGAACGUGCUUUUUUCCCCCCAAUCAAUAUCAUGAUGUAAUACAUUUUCUGAAACUUAAUUUAAAAUGUGUUAAAAGAUAUAAUGACCCCACAGACAUAUAAUUACAUUGCCAGCCUCUAUUCCUAGUUUGUUGUGGUUCGUUUAUAUGCAAUACACGGUUACAAGGUUUUUAUUUCUCAUUGUACGACAGGGUUGCACAACAACAUUUAUAUAAUAUAAUAGGCCCAAUUGGCUACAUAGGAAAAAAAACAUUAAAAUAAUAUAUAUUUUUUUGUAGCCAAUUGGGCCUUUUAGAAAAAUGUUGUAUAAAUAUAUAUAUAUAUAUUUUUUAAACUACAUUAAAUUACAUUUAAUUAAUCCUUUUUUCAAAAGGGGGGGUGUCAUACUGGCUACAUAGGAAAGGAAACCGUAACAAAAAAUAUUCUUUUAUGUUUUCUUUCCUAUAUAGCCAAUUGGGCCUAUUAUAUAAAUAAUACAAUGACCAAUAAAAACCUUGUAACCGUGUAUUGCAUAUAGAUGAACCACCAGAUAGAUGCACCUCUUUAAAAGUUGACAAGAACUUGGCAUGGGAUCUUAAGUUUGCUCAAGAAAGACAGCUGUUGAUGAUACUGGACCAUUAUCAGCACCGGUACUGACACAAAGAAUAUCAGCCAGUAAUUUAUGUUUUUUUGUCACUGUUGUUGUUGUGCGAUAAUGUAAUUUCUCAGGCUCACUACUGUAUCAGGAGUACUUUAUGCAGUUUGAAUCCCUAUGUUUAGAUGUCAUAAUCAAAGAAAAAGUGGGCCCUAUGCACCGCUGCUAAUUAGAUUGCCCUCCCAAUGAAAAUCAGGCACAUGGAUUUUUCUUGAUGAAGCUAAUCUGAAACGCUUGUUCUGUUUAUUUACUCGUGUACAAUUUGUCUAGCUUGCAUAAACUUUCAAGGCAGCCGCCAGCGUGAUAUUUGUUCUUCCUUUUCUUCAUGGCAGACAACCCAUUUAUCAAGUCUCAAAGGGAUUAAAUCAAAACCCAGACAAAUUGACUUUAGAUUUAAUCAAUUUGGCCUCGACAUUUGGCCCCACCCUUUUGAAAGCAAGAUUAAUAAUGUCUGUUUAACAAUAGUUACAUCAAUAACGUGAUAGCUCUACACAGUAAAGUCAAUCAGGCAACUCUUUGUCACAGCAAGCGGGAAUCUCUUUUAUUGCUCCUGGCAGAUGGCACUGAAACUUUCUUUUUUGUUCGCAAUAUAGUAUUUAUUUAUGGGCUUUGCGUUGUGGUUCGGGUGAAGGCUGGAAUCUUUUAUUAAUUUUGAAGAACUCCAUAUCUGUCGUGUUUUGAUGUUUAACAAGGCUAUAUAAUUCAGUCCAUCACUGUGCUCCGUCAUGAAUAUGUCCUCAUCAAAAUCCCCCCCCCUCCCACAGAUAAACCAUGAUCCCCAUCACUGAGCUGCGGUACUUUGUGGACACCCAGCCGGCGUACCGCAUCCUGAAACCAUGGUGGGACGUGUUCACCGACUACAUCUCCAUUGUCAUGCUGAUGAUCUCCGUGUUUGGGGGCACGCUACAGGUCACUCAGGACAAGAUGAUCUGCCUGCCCUGCAAAUGGGUGGUCAACAACACCUGCAAGAAGAACUUCAACGCCACCCUGUCGGCGUCGAUGUUCUCGGAGCCCAAAGGGAUCCAGUACGAUCUGGACCGCCACCAGUACAACUACGUGGACGCCGUGUGCUACGAGAAUAGAUUGCACUGGUUUGCCAAGUAUUUUCCUUACUUAGUAUUACUUCACACCCUUAUUUUCCUCGCUUGUAGCAACUUCUGGUUUAAGUUCCCACGGACCAGUUCCAAACUCGAGCACUUUGUGUCGAUCCUGCUGAAAUGCUUUGACUCCCCGUGGACAACCAGGGCACUGUCGGAGACGGUGGUCGAAGAGAGCGACCCGAAACCAAUGAAAAUGAACGGCUCGAUGGACCACAAGGCGUCGGUCAUCAGCGAGGACGUCGAAGCGAGUGUUCCGAUGCUCCAAAGGACAAAGACCCGCUUCGAGCAGGGCAUCGUAGAUAGAACGGAAACGGGGGUUUUGGACAAGAAGGAGGGCGAGCAGGCCAAAGCCCUCUUUGAAAAGGUCAAGAAGUUCCGUAUACACGUUGAAGAAGGAGACAUUGUCUACAGACUGUACAUCCGUCAGACUAUUAUCAAAGUCAUCAAGUUUAUUUUGAUCAUCUGCUACACGGGGUAUUACGUGCAUGAUAUUAAAUUCAGUGUCGACUGUUCGGUGGACAUCGAGAGCCUGACGGGUUACAGCGUGUACCGCUGUGCUCACCCGCUGGCCACGCUCUUUAAAAUCUUAGCCUGUUUCUACAUUAGCUUGGUCGUGGUGUACGGUUUGAUCUGCAUGUACACGCUCUGCUGGAUGCUCCGGCGCUCGCUGAAGAAGUACUCCUUCGAGUCGAUACGGGAGGAGAGCAGCUACAGCGACAUACCCGACGUGAAGAACGACUUUGCCUUCAUGAUGCACAUGAUCGACCAGUACGACCCUCUGUACUCCAAACGCUUCGCCGUGUUCCUGUCGGAGGUGAGCGAAAACAAGCUGCGGCAGCUCAACCUCAACAACGAGUGGACGCUGGACAAGCUCCGGCAGAGGAUCACCAAGAACUCCCAGGAGAAGUUGGAGUUGCACCUGUUCAUGCUGAGCGGCAUUCCAGACACAGUAUUCGACCUGAUGGAGCUGGAGGUUCUUAAGCUGGAGCUCAUCCCCGAUAUCACCAUCCCGCCGAUCAUCGCCCAGCUGGUCAACCUGCGAGAGAUGUGGCUUUACCACACGCCGGCCAAGAUCGAAGCGCCCGCGUUGGCUUUUUUGCGCGAGAACCUGAAGUCUCUGCACAUCAAGUUCACCGACAUCAAAGAGAUUCCCUUGUGGAUCUACAGCCUGAAGAAUCUGAGUGAGCUGCAUCUCACGGGGAAUCUCAGUGCCGAGAACAACCGCUACAUCGUCAUCGACGGGCUCCGGGAGCUCAAGAGGCUCAAAGUUCUUCGCCUGAAGAGCAAUCUCACCAAGCUACCUCAGGUGGUGACCGACGUGGGCAUGCACCUCCAGAAGCUCUCCGUCAACAACGAAGGCACCAAGCUGAUGGUGCUCAACAGCCUGAAGAAGAUGGUGAACCUGACGGAGCUGGAGCUCAUUCGCUGUGAUCUCGAGCGCAUACCGCACUCGAUCUUCAGCUUGCACAACUUGCAGGAGAUCGAUCUGAAGGACAACAACCUGAAGACCAUCGAGGAGAUCAUCAGCUUCCAGCACCUUCAUCGGCUGGUCUGCCUUAAGCUCUGGUACAACCAGAUCGCCUAUAUUCCCAUCCAGAUCGGCACACUGACCAACCUGGAGAAGCUGUACCUGAACAGAAACAAGAUCGAGAAGAUCCCCAGCCAGCUGUUUUAUUGCCGCAAGCUGCGCUUCCUGGAUCUGAGCCACAACAACCUGACCUAUAUCCCGACAGACAUUGGCUUCCUCCAGAAUAUUCAGUACCUGGCAGUUACAGCCAACAGGAUUGAGAGCCUCCCCAACGAGCUGUUCCAGUGCAAGAAGCUCCGCACUCUGAACUUGGGCAACAAUUGCCUGCAGUCUCUGCCAUCGCGGUUCGGAGAGCUGACCGGGCUCACGCAGCUCGAGCUGCGGGGGAACCGUCUGGAGUGUCUGCCCGUGGAGCUCGGCGAGUGCCGGCAGCUGAAGAGAACCGGCCUCGUGGUGGAGGAGGACCUCUUCAACACCCUGCCCUCGGAGGUCAAGGAACAGUUGUGGAAAACGGACAAGGAGCAGGCGUGAAGAGCUCUGUGGUCCUGAGUGAAGACCCAUACUGAUCGACAGGAGGAACGCCGACACAGGAGGAACGCCGACACAGGAGGAACGCCGACACAGGAGGAACGCCGGUUGAAGCAGGCGCUGGUCCCGCUGCAGUGUACCGCCAGUAAGAACCAGUGCCAGUUGGGCUGAACCAAAUCCCUGAUCGCUUCUGGUUGUUCUUUAAAUUCUUAACCGUGCAAUUGAUUGUCCUUUUUUCUUUUGCAAACAACUCCUCAGGCCGUUCCAGUACAACCCAGUAAUUAUGCUUUUUUUUUUUUCCUUUCUUUUUGCAAUAAUGUAGCAGUGCCAUUGUGAUGGGCAGCGUGUGUUCUCGUGCGAUGCUUCUCCGUUGCGGUAGAGAAGUUAAAGGAUGCGAAGCUGUGAGCCAACUUUGCUCAAGACAGGAAAAUAACUGGAACACGCUUUCUUGUCUCACCGAGAUGGAACGAAUUCAUUGAAAUGAUGCGUCCAGCAUUGUUUGGUUUUACAAAUGGGAUGGCGAGCUGAUCACUAAGACCGCUUCCUCAUAACGCGCUACGUAAUUAAUCAUAAAUUAUGACCGGGAAGAGGCUGUAACGUUUUCUUCUCUUUUUUUUUAAGGAAAAAAUAAUGCUCACAAUAAUUGACAAGUCAUCCUGAUAAGAUUACAAAAUAAUAUAGUGAUAUGUUUUUAUAAUAAUGAUGAUGAUCACAAGCAAACAAUAAAGUUAGCAAUCCUAUACAUUUUAGUCUAUUGUCCACAACUGACCUCGCCUGAAUUUUGGCCCUCAAAUACCUUUUUUUUUUUCAUUUUUGCUCGUGUUUGAAAUUAAUCGUGAACAAAUGGCGUGAAACCUCGAAUCGGAGAUAACGACCGACGCGUCGUGUCAAAGAAAGGUCAUGACCUGGCGUUGUAAACGGGGAGACGGGUGAGGCGCUGUCGGUCGGCCCGAGUCUUGGCAUCAGCACAGCGUGUGCUAUUAGACGAGGGGGCGGAGCCUUUUUCUGGGGGGGGGAAGAUGUGUAGUUUGACUCUGCUGGGGAAAGCAAUUAUUCUACUGAAUGCCACCCAGUGGACUAUUAUUCAACACAAUGGAGUUAGUGGAGCGUCUUAUCAGAUACACAACCCUUACUCCCAGUAGACCCUUUAGUAUGUCAUGAAUUGCACGAAACAAAUUGAACAAAUCCAGGAGGGGGGUGGAAUGCUGUGGAAGUUCACACAGGAUAACGCGUUAUUGACAUUGAAACGGCGCCUCAUUAGUGAUGUGCUUUUGUAGCGAGCACUGGGCUACCUGUGGGCCCCGAUACUCCUCUAGUCACCUGGCUGAAUCAUGCUGAACUCUCAUCAGUCCAAAUGUGGCGCAGCGCUGAGUGUCGAUGUUCAACUGCGCAUGAGACCGCAGCCGACUUUAUUAACAAACUAAUUAAAUUGCUGUAUGGGCGUCAUUUAAGAUGAGGGCCAUUUUAAAUUUAAGUAAAAUAAAUUUAUGGGGAAGAACGAUGCAAUACGGUCGAACAUUUCCGAAACUACAUUCCAUUUAAUGUACUGACUAAUUGUAAUUCUUGCAAAUUAUAAUUAAUUAUAAUUAAGAGGCUUUUUAUUUUUUAUUUAUUUAUAUAU